AUGAAGGACACACUGGUCUUAUUCAUCGCAUUUCAUGUCGUGAACUGCGGUAAGGCGCUGGCGAAUGAUGACGCUAUUUCUGGAGAGAAUCCACAUGACGACGGGAUACCGAAUUUCCACCAUUUGGGACCCACAUUACUGGGUACCCAAGGCACACCAUUCACGAUACUGCCUCCACUCUGGAUUCCGGGUGGCUCUGAUCAACUCGCCCACAUGCCGUACUUAUUUCCCGAUAGCGCACAGGGAGAUCCGGCAGGAUCUUCUCGAAGCACCAGAAGAGCGCAGAAGCAAGGAAAGAGACCGGGUACGAGAACGCUGAAACUUGCGGCGACGUUAGCUCUGGUGGCGGCAUUUGGUACCGAGGUAGCUAAUUAUUACGAUAGGAACAAUGAGGGCGUGGUAACCGAUCUUGAGUACGACGAAAGGAUGUCUGCGGCUACAAGAACUAUCGGCGCCGCUCGUCUGGCUGCCCUGGUGUUUGCCGCUGUUGGUGGAGCACGCUAUAUGAAAGACAUGAUGAAGUUGUGGUGGCGUAAAAGGUUCUGA